CUUGACCUCAAAAUGCCUUUUAAUUGCUUCCUCCCUUGGGUUAUUCCAGUGGGCUAUUUCUCUCAUGCUGUAGCUGACAAUUCCCUCGAUCUUAUUUUUUUCAGACACGUGCACUGUCUCUAAACUCUGUAACUCUUCAUUUCCACUAUCUGAUCACCACUUCUUAACAGGUUGUUCUUGAGAACCUUCUCAACACAGGAGGAACCUGAAUUCUCUUGACCUCUUGUAAUUGUCAGGUAAUGUCAAUUCUCUUCCAUUCCUACAUUUUCCUGUGCCUUUCAGGCUAUCUUCAUGUAUAACUCUACUCUCACUUGCAACUUCAAGAGAUGCUCACAUUCAACUGAACGCUACUGGAGGAAGUCUUAAACCUGGCAGACUUUCUCCAUUAUAUUUCCAUCUUGUGUUCGUAUAGCGCUUCCCUCACCCUUGCUAAACAAUCAUACUUUUCCUCUCUCCCACAAUGGUGUCUCUUUGAUACCUUCAGCUCUCUUCUUCCCCCUGCUGUGGCCACUUCCCAAACCAAAUUUUCAGUAGAUAGCUUUGCAUGCUACUUCACUGACAAGACUAAACAGUUAAUUAAAUAAUUCUUCUACCUUCGCUCUUCUCUCUCUCAACUACACUUAGACCAUGCCUUUCCUAUUCUUCAGGCCUUCUCCUUGGCUACCGAACAGAAGGUGGCUGUACUUCUCUUUACCUCUCACACCACCACAUGUCUGCUUUAUCCUGUCCCAUCUCACCUUAUCAGAUCUUUCUCCUUGUCUUGUGCCAUCCUUUACGCAUACCUUCAACUGUUCUUUCUUCUGACAUUGUGCCUGCUCCCCUUAAACAUGCUACUGUUGUACCCCUCCUAAAAAAAAAAAAAUCUCUUGACCCACCUUCCCUAUUGAAUUAUUGUCCCAUAUACGUGCUCCAUUUUUCUUUUAAGCUUCUAGAAUGACUUGUCUUUACUCAUCUGGCUUGCUUUCUCAAUUCCAAUUCUUUCCAUCAACCUUUUUUGAAUCUGACUUCCGUCCCCUCCACUCUACUGAGACCUCUCUGAUUAAUAUAACAAAUUAUCUAAACAUGGCUAAAUCCAGUGGCCACUACUCCAUACUAACUUUUCUUGACCUCUCUGCUUCAUUUGACAAUGUUGUUCAUGUCCUCCUCCUUCAAACUCUUACCUCGGUAUCUCUGACACUGUCCUCUCGUGGUUCUUCUAUCUUUCCCAACAUUUGAUUUAUUGUCUCCUCCCCUCAGCCUGUCUUGGCUGGAGUCCCCCAAGGUUCUAUUCUUGAUCCCCAUUUGUUUUCUCUUCAUACUGCCUCUCUUCGCAAACAUAUUAUUUUGGGUUCCUCUACCACCUGUACGUAAAUGAAACCCAUGUAUCGCUCCUCACGUGAUUUCUCUCUCUCUUUCCUAGAACUCAUCAUUGUUUGCCCUUCUUCCAUCUCUGAUUGGAUGUCCUCCCACUUUCUGAAACUUAUUCUCUCUAAACACCUCAUCACCCCUACCUGCUACAUUUCAUUACCUAUUCAUGGGUAUGCCACUUUUUGGUCUCUCUUCUCUGUCGGUGGCCCUCUCCUGUCAGCUGCUCACACCCUUACUGCUAACUUACGUUGCAGGGCUUUUCCCGGGCAGCCUCUUUCCUUUAAAACAGUCUGCCUUCCCUCAUCAGACUUUCCCUUAGUCUUUAAUCAUUUUAGGAAGUCCCUCUAAACCCAUACCUUAAAGGAAAGCUUAUGGCCUCCCACAGUAACUUCUAUUUCACAAACCUGUGUUUUGCUCUUGCUUAAAGGGCCACACUUCACUCUUACCUUUCAGUUCUGCUACUUUCCCACCUUGUCAUUGGCUGCUAUGCCCUUCCUAUUAUGUUUUUUUUACCCCACUUCCCCUAGUCUGUAAGCUCAUUUGUGCAAGAUCCUAAUCAUCCCUAUUGUUCCUGUAGCAUUUAGUAAUUGUUUUAUUUAUUGGUAAAUUCCCCCCUUUUAUAAUAUUGUAAAGUGCUGUGGAAAAAGUUGGCACUAUAUAAAUGCCAAAAAUAAUAGAUGCAUGUCCUGCUUGGAUGUCACAUGUUUAUAAGAGAUGUGACUUCCAUACCUCCAGUAUAAAUAAGCCACUGUAUUAGAUUACCUUUGUCUUUGAAAAGCCCUUAUGAUAUUAUUGUGUUUCAACAUCCUUUAGAGGCCUUUGGCAGACAUCAUUGUAGAGAAGCAAAUCACAAUGCCCAUGGAAUGUAACAGGCAGCAGAACACUCCUUUUAAAGCUAACUCUGGUUCCUCUCCAUUAGCGGUGCAUUGUUACAGACCACGUUGGCCGUCAUUAACACGCAGCCUCUCUGAUCAAGUGCUUUACUAGAGGUCAGUGGGGACAACUGAAGAUUAUAUGAGCUGUUUGUGCAAAUUAGAAUGCCAUGGGUGGGCUCCCCUGAUUUCUUUUGGGAUUUUCUGUCAUGUUGAUGACAGUUCCAGUUACUUUGUAGUCUUCUGGUCACUGAUCACUCCUUUUCAGUAGCUUCAUAACUCUGACUGGCUGGAUGCAUGGUAUACCAAUGCCCACCAUGUAUCUAACAAAAAGGUUAUACACAUGCUGUAUAUCUAUAGCACGGCCUUGUCACCUGUUAGGAAUAGUACUGAAACAAUGUGCACUUCUCCUUCUUGCUUUUGGUUUUUAAGAAUCCAUUUAAUUCAGGUCCUUCAACAAUUUCAAAAGGUUUAUUUUUUUAUUAAAUAGCUGGCUUUAGUGUAUCUCUUAGUAAUGCAUUGUUAUCCUACUUCAAAUGCUAAAUGAAUAUAUUAUGGUAGCACACGAAGGAUAACCUGCCAUCUGUACACUGUGCUAGGAAAUACCCAGAUACGUGUAUUCAUCCAUAAACCUGUAUGCAUGCACCCAAUGCAUAAGUCUGGAAAUAAACUUCGUAGUAGACAGCUGAGCCAGUACGUUUUCUGAUAGUUUUGGUCGCAGAGUUUAUGCACAAAAAUAUGUACUACUUGGCUGUUUCCACAUUUAUAAACGAUAGUUCGGUUUAUAAGGAUGAACUGUCAUGAGAUGAAAAAGUACUUUAUCCAAUUGUUAAUUAACAUUUUAAAGAUAAUCUAUUAAGGCCUCUUCUUUUUUUUUUUUUUUUGGCCCUACCAUAGAUUCUGUAUUAUUUAAAGUGUUUGAAAAUACAGUGGUGAUGCAACUAUAGAGGCAAACUGGACUGUUAGGGUCUGCGGAGACAUGUUGGUGGUUGAAAUGGACCUGGUUCCACAGGGAUGUGUGUGGAAUUUUGGUUUUAUUUGUUUGUUUUUUGAUCCUGCCUUGGACUUUAGACAUCACUAGUACCAAGACCGUGUGGACCAGAAGACUAACUUAUUAUACAGUUUUGCAAACAAUGAACCAUUCUGCUUUGAAAAGAGAUAAAGUGAAAGGAAGUCACAGUGGUGUUUAUGCAUCAUACAGAUAUAUUAGGAACCUAGCCAUUCGAGGUGCAUUAUAACAUAACUUAGUAAGCUAGGUGAAGAUAAAUUACUCCCCACUGUAAUCAAACUUGCAGUGUAGUACAACCAUUAGUGCUUUUUUGAACAGAAUGGAAACACUCCUUACUCCACAUUCUGAGUUUGUUGAAAACAUACACCUCAAACAGUAACAUUGGUGUGACAUGCCCGAAGGAUAAAUAGGCUUCCCCGAAAAGAUGCAGUUCUUCUAGAUACUGAAGAAUGGGAAAGGAAGUGAUUUCAGAUGAGGAGGGAGGGUUCUUGCCAUUGGUAAAGAGGAGGGACCUUUUAAAAAGAACUUGCAGAUAGGGAACGAGUUCAAAGGGUUUGCAAAAUGAUUUAGAAGUCUUCAGGGUGAACAUUUUUAAAAGAAAAACAUGUUAAUGGAUCAACAACAUGGCUUGGAAGAUGGAGUGUGGUAGGUGUGAUGGACUCAAGACACAUUGUGUGACUUUAAGGCAAAUUAAAGCAGUAUGGUUUAGGAGUAAAGAGGUGAAGUACAUGGUUCUGCUUGUCGGCGAUUCAAUGCCCUUUUUUUUAUCUGAUAUUUAUUUUAACCUUGGCAGCCAUUAUGGUGUUUGAUAUGUCUGUUGUUGUUUGUGACAAUGACCAAUUUCCCAAAGUUCUGUAUCUACUUGUCUUGAGAUUUGACCUGCUAGUCCAUGUGUAGAUGCACCACAAAUGGAUUGUUUUCCCCUACUAAUAUGCAAAACCAAUCCAGCUGAGCUUUGCUGUUGCUAACUUGUUAUCGUAGGUGUGCAAAGAGCUUCAAUUUGCGUGCUUUUAUUGAGUUUAAACUGCAGUUUAGGAGAUAGAAAAGUAGUUGGUUUCUCUAAAGCUUAGUUAACACUUAUUGUAUGCAAAGUUACUUAUUUUUCAAUAACCUCGUUGCCUAAACUACCAUCCUCGACAUCAAGUAGACACGUGAUUAAAUUGCGUAGCAGUUAUAUUAAAUACCUACUUUCCUUUUACAAUCCAAUCUUGGUGUAGAUGAUCAUAACAUCUGGAGUGUAUUUUUGAGUAUGGCAGAGGUAUUCCUCAAUUUCACAUGUCUUUAAAUCAUUGUGAAUUAUAUCACAAAUGUGUUUCGGCCUUAGUGUAAAUAAAAUAAUUUGGUAUUCCAAAUGACUUGUCUGAAUUGAUUAAUGACCAUCAGUAUAUGAUGAAGUCACCAAACACCUCCCAUAGACGAUCUCCACCCCUUAUAUUAAAUGUUCCUCUUGAAACGUUGGACCUUUUCUACUUUGUCCUGUAACUUGGCCCAUUAGAAGUUUUUUCUCAAGCAGGUAACUUUUGCUUUUGUUUUUAUUUUAAAAAAAUUUCUAUAUGCUAUGUUUAUUAUAGAUUUAAAUUUUUCCUUCUGAUUUUAUUAUUUUGUAUUUUUUUUAUUCUUGUAUAAUGGCUUCACAGACAAGGUUAAUAGAGUAGUAUGCAGUAUUAUGUAGUUUAUACUGUAUCUAGCCAUUUAAAUUGCCUUGCAGUAGGCCCCAAAAUCAAGGUAUAUUUUGAGUACAUCAGAUUGUUGGACACUCGCUGUUCCCAAGUCUAUGUACAUGCAGCUAGUAUGAAUGUCUGUGGUGCCUGGUUGAAGAUCUUUCUGCUUCAUGUCACUAAUAAUAGGCAGGAUGUCUGAGGUCUAUUAAAACAUUUAAUCAACAACAGAGGCCUUAGAGCUAUCACAGAGGGUGUAAUUAGUGGUUACUUAAGAUAAGGUUAAAAGAUGUAUUAUAUGAGGUCUUUCUGAUUUUGCAUCCAUUUGUGCUCUUUGCCUGUCAUCCCCUAGUUAGCAGCAUGUCUAUAAAUACACAAGAAUUGCUUCCUUCCUUCCUUAUCUUCUCUCUGCUCAAUCACGGGGAAUCUGAAUAAUUAAAACAUGUUAACGUAUGCUUUCUCUGGCGUAACAUACAGCCUCUGUACAUGUUGGAUCUGCGUGGAUUUUGUCUCCAAACAAAUAAAAUGAAAAGUUCUGUUUUGCAUAAAUUGUAGCACCUGUCAUGGGCUGUUGCUGUUUCCCCUCUUAUUCCUGUCACAUUAGUGCCCUGCUUAUCAAAGUGAUGGUAUCACUAUGGCACGACAUAAUAAUGAUCAAACUGUUAUCGAACAUUCCUUGAGCAUUCUUAUUUUCAGUCCUUAAUACCUUUUAUUCUCUGGCCUCAUGCAUGAAUUAUGCCGUGUAUGUGAAGAGGCUUAAAGUUUGUUUCCAUUGCAUUCUUUUGUAGUGGAUGGUGCUGUUAGCAAGGCCUGGAUUCUUUUUUUUUUUUUUUUUUUUCCUCCUUUCUUUAAAGACUAGUAGGAAUGUUGUUGUUGACCUUGACACCAGAUAACUGGGCAGACAUUAUAUAGCUAUGUUUGAGUCCUCCCAAAAUGUGAUGCUGAAACCGACAGAGUCCUGGCGUGAUACCCUCCUCGACAGCAGAGUCAUGGAGCUUUUCUUUACAGUAAGUCUUAGUUUUCUGUCUGCUUUUCUAUUGCUUUGUAUUUCUGUGCAAUGCUUUUGAUGCAGUAAAAGAGAAACCGUGAAUUACAAGGCAAGUCUAACUGAUUUAAAACCUAAGCAUCUACUCUUUCAUGGAAGCCUUGCAAGGAGACACAUGUGCCUUAGUUCUGUUUAUUGCAGUUUCUGUUUUGCGCAUGAAAAUAAUUUUGCUUGUUUUAUUUCAAAUUAUUAUUUUUCCAUUUUCUGUUGCAUCGAUUCCCUCUUUUUUUUUUUCUCUCUCUCUCUCUUUUUCUGAUCUGUGUAAUAACUUUAGUGUUCGUCUGGUGUUUUGUUUGGUUGUUUUUGUUUUUUUUUAUAUUUAUUUGUUUUUAUUUUAUAUAUAUCGUCCUGUAAAAAAAAAGUGCUUGUGAUUGAAUUUUCGUUAAUAGAUGUUAAAAUCAUUUAGCUCCGUAUAAAUGCAAUAUUGCAUUGCUUUAUUUGACGUUAGUUCUACAUUGUAUAAUACUUUAUAGUACUACUUUACUCUGUUAUGAUCUCUAUCAUAUUGUCCUUACUACAUGAAAACCUAAAAAUACAGAAUCUUUAAAAACAAUGUACCCAAUCAGAUAUGUAUAAGGGUGUAAAGUAAUUACCUUAUCAUUAUUUGUAUUACAAUGCAUGUGCUCAACUGUCAAAAUAAACAUCCAUAUUUAGGUGCAAUCUUUAUACAAAGUCAUUUCAUGUAAAUCAAUUAAAUGCAUUUUAAUAGAUUUAAAAAUGUGGGGGUUAUACAAUACUAUUCUUGAUUUACUUGUAUUUUGAAUUAAAUUGUAAAGGCUUACACAGCUGUCUACUACUGGAAAGGCUUUAAGUCUCCUGGGUUUUAAGCAUGUGGGGUUUAUUUGCUAAACACCAAAUUGUAGUGAUUUGAAAAAAACGUAGUCCUCUAAAUUAGUAAUUUCCUGUUUAUUGAAUAAUCAUGUUCUGUGUGUCCCUUGUAAAAAGAUACCAAAGAGGGAAACUAUCAAAGGUUGUCUUAAUCUUUUUUGGGUGGUUAAAAGGCCAGGAACGCAGUCCCUAGCUCAGUGUAUGCAAUAACCUGGACCACUGGAUUUCACUUUCUAAUGCUGUUUCCAGAGAUAAAUGGAAUCUACUGUUCUCAAUUGCCUUAUUAAAUGUGGUCUAAAAACAGCCGUUGACUGUCAUUACAUAAGUGGUGGGAUUUUUGUAAGUGACAUGGACCUUUUUUGCUGUGUGUGUGUGUGUGUAGACUCACAUUUUAAUUUCCAUCAUACAGAAAAUGUAUAUUAAAGUUUCAGCAAAAUAAAUAAAACCUCACAAUCCAGUUCAGGCAAUGCAAAGCCAUUGUUUUAUGUACAAUCUCUUCUCUGAUUGCUUUCUCUGUGACUGCAAAGGACAAUGAUUGACAGGGAGUUAGGAUGGAGGUGCUUAGCGGCAGGGUUAAAAAGGUGUGAUUGUCCACAUAUUUUUCAGACCUUAAAUACAUCAUAAGUACACAGAAAAUGACAGAGAAGGCAUUUUUUUACACCUGGUGGCAGGGCUAUUCUUGUGAAUUAAACCAGUGUAAAUGUAGACUUAUUUCGUUACAGUAUAUAUUCAAAAUGCAUUGUUUUAAAGCUGCCCAAGCAUACGGGCACUUUAUAUUGCAUACACACAAUAAAAUGACCAUUCUCGUUUUUAAAAAAGGAAAGAGAAAAAGAAAAAAAGGUCGCUUUGACCGAGACUUCUCCAAAAGAGGACGGUCCUAACCCUAUAUAUUUAUAAAAAUAAAUAUAUAUAAUCCCCUUAAAGUGGAUGAAACUGGAGAAUCCCUGGCUAUAUUAGCUCAAUAUGUCAAUUUGUAUAUAAAAAAAAAAAGGACAUGCUUCCUCAUAUUAAUAAGCUAACUUAUCAGAAAACCCAGUGAUUAAAUAGUGCAGCCAAUUACUUCCGUAUUAAAACAACAAUUAAAAGUAGGAAAGAGUCUCCUCCCACUUAAUUUCUGUUUCUAUUUGGGAUAUCCUUUUUCUGGAGAUUUUGUGUGGAGGGCAUAUCUGCUAAAUUAUCCACAUAAAGCAUGGGGGGAGUCAAAAUAGAUCCAGUGAGGUAUGUAUAUUGUUAGACAGAUAUAUCACUCUGAAUGUAUAACACAGAAUUGUUAAUCAUGUAUAUGUUCAUAGGGAUUUGUCUCAGAUUUUAGGAUUAAUACUGAUUCCAAUUAUAGAGCAAAUAAAAUGUAAUGUAGCAAAAAAAAAAGAAUGUAAUUGCAAUUUAGAAUCCCACCUUGUAAGGAGCUGGAGUAUGCAGGAACAGUGUUACAAGGUGACACAUAGAGCCCCCUUGAGACAACUUAAUUUGAGCAGAUUCAUAGUUUGGUAAAGAAUCCUAAAUACCAUAUCUCAGAGCCACAAGAUCCUUACACCAAGAUAGUUACCCCCAAAAGAAAGGAUAAAUAACACUAAAUAAUUUAAAAGGGAUAGUACUACAUCUCAGAGCUGUUGGACGCCUACAUACCAUACUUAGGUUGCCCUCCCUAAAUGCUGAACCAAUCCGAUAAUAAACCUAUAAGAAAAAUAAUCCAUGCAUAAUUCUAAAGUAUCUACACAUCCCAUAGACACAAAAUAAAUUCAGCCUUAAUGCCAAAGACAAAUAAACAACCAACACACACCUUCAUCUGGGGCUUUUAGUCUUUUUUAAAGAGGGGCUCGUUCAAAAGAGUCUACGUCCAGUAAUUGGACUCCACCAAUUUGGUGCCAGUAAGAUAUAAGGGGCACAAUACAUAACGAGCAAGAACAUUCUUGUUUUAAACUCAUCAGUUAAAGAUUGUGUGCAACAUCUCCCUACCUGAUCCAGAGGUAGUAUAUUUUUCCAUUUAACUUUUUUUUUGUUCGUUCAAUUGUUGUUAAUUUGGAAGAAUGAAUAGUGUUUUUCUAUUAAAUUAGGGAACUUUGUUAGAACUUCAGCAUAGCUUGCUGUACUACCUAUAUUCGACCCUCGUCAGUGUGUUUGUCUUAACUUAUGGGUGCAAAUGAGUGUGCUUGUACCUUGACUGUAAAAACUUAAACCUACAGCUUCUGGUAACUGAAUGAUUGUACUGCCAUUAGACAAUUUGUAUAAAUAAUCCCUAUAUUUACACACCAUUAUUUUGAGAAGCUAUUUUGACCAGAAAUACCGUCAGGACUCAGGAGUACUAACUGAUUUUCCCUGUGGAUUAAAAUGCAGAGGAGAAACCAUAAAAUAGAUUGUAGUGUGCCUACAGAAAAAAGCUUGGAGUGCCCCUUUAAAAAAUGGACUUGCGAAUGCUCUGUAAACAGGGCUGUAUUCCCAUUGAAAACUUUGUUGCAGCUGUCAUAGAAUGACAGGUUAAACACUAGCUAUGUGUAUUUCUGCCACAAUAUAAAUCCCUAUCCUGUUAAAUUGAUUUUAGUUUGUGGCUGCACACAGUACUGUUUGCCAGUAUGAAGAUGCUAAUGAAAUACAAUUUGUUUUAUAUGGUAGUAAGCAUUAGUACACUUUUGGCAUAUUUCACAGUGUAUUUUUGUAGCAUAAGACAGAUCACCAUUCUCUGAUCCCUCGGGUGUUUACUCUCAUGCACAGCCUGUCAUUCAGGUAGAAAACAUUGUUUGUUUUUUAAUUGUAUAAUACAUUACAAAUGCUACGGAAUUUGCUGGCGCUAUAUGAAUAAUAAAGUAAUACAACAGAUAUUCAUUCAUUAAAACUUACAAUUAUUGGUGUUCUAUACAGCGACAGCUUAUUCUGCAAUGCUUUACAAUUUAUACAAUCUUAUGAAGGGGGGAUUUAACAAGUAAGGCAAUUACACAUUAAUACAGGAAUAAUAGGUUGAUGAACCCUGUUCAAAAAGCUUACAAUCUAAAGGAAAUGUGGUAUAUAAACACAAUUGGAAAGGAAGCGACGGGGAAAGCAACAAAGUGACAGGGUGGAAAAAUUGUAGAAUUGGAAGGUGACAGUUUAGUAGGACAUUUUAAGAGAGCGCAAGGUAUAAUUUAUCCUGGAAGCCCGUGGUAUAGGCUAUUCUGAGGAGAUGAGGUUUGAGAGACUUCUUAAAUGGUAGAAUACUCGGGGAGGGUUUUGGGUCCUCCCAUUUAGUUUUAUUUGGUCUGUUAUAAACCCCUCCCUACUAUUAUAGUAUACGAACAGCAGCCAAAGUAAUUUCAUAAACAGCUGUACGGAUCUUUACAUUAACGCUUUGACUUGAGCAGUGAUCCUUCCUGAAAAACAUAUUAAUGAAAAGCACUUGUUAUCGAAUAGGAAAUAACUAAAUCUUUGUUAUAUCUCACUUUACAAAGUGCUUUGUUAGCCUGUGAGCUUACAAUCUAAAGCAGGCUUCCCCAAACUCCGGCCCUCCAGAUGUUGCUGAACUACAACUCCCAUGAUUCUUAGCCUAUUUCAUUCAUAGAAUCAUGGGAGUUUUAGUUCAGCAACAUCUGGAGGGCCGGAGUUUGGGGAAGCCUGAUCUAAAGGAUACCGUGGGGUUUUGAGAAAAAAGGUAGCAGGGGAAAUUUGGAGGUGAUGGCUAAAAUAGUUAACAGAGAGAAGCAGCUAUUGAUAAAAUAUAAAGGGAAUGAAGAGGUAAUUGAGUAAGAAUCUCAAACAGCUGGAGGAGCAUGCUAAAUCCCCCUCUCAUAAUAUUUUUAAGCGCUACGGAAUCUGUUGGUGCUAUAUAAAUGGCGAUAAUAAAGAGCAGUUCUGCUUUUGUAAUGCAUCAAUCUGUUACCACAUUCCAUUGGUUUCCAUGGAGACUGCUCCAUUCUUAAUGUUUUCAUACUUGCCCUGCAAAGUUCUGGAAUGGUAUAGAACUCCUUUCUAUAUCAAAGCACUAACUCAUAAGACCGUAAAGUAGCUUGUUAUGUCUAUAAAGUCAGCCCCCCAGACAAACAUGUCUGACUGCUGAGGGUCACACUUACCGUCUAUUUGCUUUUUGGUUUAGGUGCAAAACCCAGCAUUAGAACCGACACACGCUCUGAGCAGCUGUUUAGCAGACAUUUGAACAGCUGCUGCUGUCAGCUGUGAGCCAACUCCUGCAAAUACCCUCUGGCAAUGCUUAUUAACUCUUCACAAUCUUUGCUGUUUUUAGUUUUUUGAAGAAUAAGAUUUUUUAUUUAUUUAUUUCUAAAUGCUCAUCUGUAUUUUUCUUACCAUGGUGGAAACAUAACGCUCCACGUAUAAACCGCUCAUAACAAUGUGCUGACUUCAUGAUCUGACUAUUUUAUUGCAAAAUGUUGAUCUUUGUUUUGAGAAAGCAUGACAUAAUUACUGCAUUGUUUUAUGUAGUACCUGCCAUUUAUAAAUCCUUUUGAGAUUGAUUCUUAAAGUAUUAUUCUGCAAAAUCUAUCCGUAUUGUGAUUCUUACGUUUACAGCUGUCUUGCAGUGGAUAUUUAUGUGUUUCUGCAUUGUUGCUUGGAAUUGGACAAUACUGUAAUGUUUGUGACCGUUGCUUAUCAUUUUUACAGAAUAGAGUUUAAAAAUAGUGGAAAGCCAAAAUGCAAUCUCCUCCAACUCAGAGCUGUAGUAAAAUGUGAGGACUGUGAUUAUCCUUACUAUCAUAGGCAGUGUUAAAGAUCAAUUAGUUUGAUUCACGCUACGAAUUACACUUUGGCAGAGAAAUCAUUUUUCAUCCGAUUGUGCUCAGUAUUACGGUAGAGUAUAUAUGGCGUAGACAUGUUAACUGUCCCUGCCUUCACAUAUUUUACUAUACAGCAUUGGUUUUGACCACUGCUUUGAGAUUCUCUCCAUGAAAAACUUGUGUGUCAAUGGUGCUUAAGAAAAUGCAGACAUUGCUCUGGAAACCAAAAAAAGUUCUCUGCUACAGUUAGGAAGCUUUGAAUAGUUUUUAUUUUAUUUUUUUUACAUUACAUAAUCACAUUGGUUUUAAGUGUCUACUCUAACGUGAGAAUCGUUGUGAAUUCCAAAUUAAUACCAGAAAAGCUCAACUGGAAAAAUUUUCCAAGUCCCCUAAUCUUCUAGUUCAGCUACUUUGAUGAUAAAUUUGAAUUCCUGACAAGUAACCAUGCUACCACCUUGUUCAAUCCAUCAGAUUUUGGAAUCUCUCCCUUAUCGGACAUUAUCUUAGAACACAGUCAUUUCCAGGUGAUGAUGUGUUCAUUAAUACGUAAUCACCUUUCUUCUUCCAGCCCACCAUUUCUUUCAUUUUCCUUUUGUUCUCAGUGUUAAUGUCUGUCUUGUUCAAGCCAAUCUUGUGAUGACCGUGCAAUAAAUCAUUCCUCAGGAGAUGGGAUCUGCCUUUCCUUGGCACAACGUAUCAUAUUCUUUCCUUGGCACAAUGUGUCAUAUUCUUCCAUUCUAUUUUAUUCUGCGGCUUUCAGGAUUCUUUGGCAACAAUUUUUAUUUGUCCGUGUGAAAUCAGAAGUGUGAGAGCCAAGGAGAGCUUUCUCUGACCCCAAGUGUCCAGCUACAUUCCAGCAGACAUUAUGCACAUUGUGUGAACAGAUAGAGUUUCCAGAGUAUUUUGAUUAGGUGAAAACGUCUAGGGCUUACUUCUUGCCUGUUAUUGUAUAGCAGUUCCUAGUGGGAGAUUUUCUAAACAGUGGCAAGGCAACUCUGCAGAUAGCCUCUGAUGUCAAUCUGCUUUCCGGUAUAUCUCACACACCAACUCACUGCUAUUUACUAAACUGUGAAUUGUUGGAUAGUCAAUCUGAUUUUUUUUUUUAAUUUUGGGCUAAAUUAGCCAAACUGAAAACAUAACAGAGGGAGAGUUUUUAAGCCAUUUAAGCCAAUUUAGAACAAAAUGUAAAACGAAGUGGGAAAUUUCAAACGGUGGAACUUUUUUCCCCAUAUUUAUUUUUUUUACGCUGUGUAAGAUUUAAAAGCAGAAAAUGAUUAGGGGACAAACGUCUGUUAUUUCAGGAGAUUCAUAGUAAAGCAGAUUAACAAUAGAGAAUAUCUGCAGAGUUGCCUUGUCACUGUUUAGCACAGCGUUUCUCAAAACAGUCCUCAAGACCCACCAACAGUCCAGGUUUUGUUAGUAUCUACGUUGUAAUAAAACAGGGAAAUACAGAAAUCCUGGACUGUUGGUGGGCCAUGAGACUGGUUUGAGAACCACUGGUUUAGCAGAUCUCCUUUACAAUAACAGGCAAAAGUAAGCUUUGUUUUUUUAAAAUUUUUAUUCAUGGUGUGUGUAUUUUCUGUAUUGGUUUUCUAAUAGGCUUUCAAACGGAUAAGUUACAUUCUGUGUAACGUGCUUGAAUAUGCUAUUGCUAACUUUGAUUUUCAGGGUUUUUAUUUUACUAAAAAGUAAGAAUCAGGAGGAAUUUGAAGUGAAUUCAAUGUGUAUUUCAGACUAACAUAGCAGUCUUGGACAAUUUUUCCAAUUUGCCCAAUUCUCAAUUUAGUAAAUAAGUGUUUCACUGGUAAAGCGUGUCUCUUAUGUAAAGGAAGAUUUAGCCUUUAUUGUAUUGGCAGCAGAUAACAUGGUUUUUACGACCCUGCAGCCUAACAUUGUUCUGCUUGAAAUGUUCUGUGUUAAUUAUUUAUUUUUAUUUAUUUAUAAAAUAUUUUACCAGGAAGGAUAAUUGAGAUUUCUCUCGUUUUUAAGUAUGUCCUGGGUUCACAAAUCAUUGCAUUGAUACAAUAGGGUACAAUAGAAUACAAACACAAUAUUAAUACACAAUAUAUACAAAUUUAACAUAGAACAGGUAGGAAAUAUACAAUCAACAGGUGCAUUCUGUUUUGAGGUAUGUAGAGAGGGAUCUCUUAAAGGACUUUAGGCCUGGGGAAGAUUUGAAAGUGUGCGGGAGGUCGUUCCAUAAUUGCGGUGCUCUGUAGGAAAAGGAGGAUCUGGCUGCUUUCUUUUUGUAUUGAGGUAGACUAAAGUGCUGCUACUGGAUCGGAGGUUAUAGGAAGUGGGAACAGCUGGGGAGAGCAUUCUGCUCAGGUAGGGCGGGAGCUUCCCAGAAAAGCUCUUUAACACAAGGUUGGAAAGAUGAAGGGUGCGUCUGGAUUCCAGCGACUGCCAGUUUAGCUCUUUUAGUAUGUAACUAGAUUGUAGCACAAAUCGGGUUAUCGAGUUAUACAAUGUGUUAAGUUUAUUACCGUGGGUUUGCAGUGCAGGUGCAUAUACUACAUCCCCCAUAAUCAAUGAUUGGCAUCAGCAUUUGCAGUACAAUAUUUUCCUUUACUGUGGUGCUUAAGCAGGAUUUGUUUCUGUACAGGGCAUCUAGUUUAGGAUGAAGGUUAAAUGCAAUUUUUUCUAUGUGGAGGCCAAAAGAUAGAUGUGGUCUAACAACAUAACCAAGUAUUUGAACGAGUGGACUGCGUCAGUGUGCUAUUUGAUUUUGUUUUGAUGCAUAGAUGGGAAUUUUGUAAAGCUCAUUGUGACCGUUUUGUCAGUGCUUAGGAAGAGUUUGUUUUUUGCGAUCCACUUUUCUACCUCUGUGAACUGGUCUUGGAGCACAGCCUCAAGCUGCGGUAGAUUGGAUUUGCUUGCAUAGAUUACUGUGUCGUCUGUGAACAUGUGUACAUUUGAGGAUUUGCAGACAUUAGGCAGAUCAUUUAUAAAUAAUGUGAAUAAUAGGGGGCCGAGAAUGGAACCUCAGGGACACCACACACGGCAGGGAGAGGAAAGGAGUCGCUGUCAGAAAUGGAGACAUAUUGUGAUCGAUCUAAUACAUAUAGUCAAAACCAGGUUAGCGGACCUAGUAGAAUGUUGUGGUCUACUGUGUCAAAGGACUUUGCAAAAUCAAGGACAAUAGCUCCAGUUAAGGUAUCGUUGUGCCAUGCCAGUUUGGAUGUCAUUGCAAACUUUUAAGAGGGCAGUUGUAGUGGAGUGAUUUGGGCGAAAACCUGAUUGAUCAGGGGUCAGAUAGUUAGAUUGUUGGUAAAACUCAUAUAGUUGCAUAUGGAUGCAUUUUUCUAAGAUUUUUGACAAUACUGGGAGCAAUGAUAUUGGGCGAUAGUUAGAAAUCGGGAUAGACCGAUUAUUGGAAAGAACACUAUGGGACAGGGGAGGGAAAAUACUAUGGUAUGGGGGGCAGGGGCGGCACUUCAUCCACUACCCACUUUGCAUCCACCACACACACACACUGCAUUUACUAAUCAAAUACUCUCACUGCAUCCACUACACACACACACACGCACAUAUUAUGGAAAACCUAAAAAUCUGACUGGCAUGUAUAUUUUAUGCGUUAACCACUUAAUAAAAAAAAGAUUUGCACAAAAAGUUUUUUUUCUCUCAAAACGGUAAAUGUACAGAAUAUCGGUAAGCUAUCGGCCUGAAAGUUCAAAGAUUAUUGGUAUCUGCUCUAAAAAAAUCAAUAUCGAUCGAUCCCUAGUUAGAAGCUAAAGUAAUGUCACCACUUCUAUGGAUAGACAAUACUCUCGCAGUCUUCCAAAAGUUGGGUAUGUAUCCAGACACCAAGGAUUUGUUAAUUAGGGUUGUGAUGGGUUUAGCAAUUGCCGGCACACUGAGCUUCAACAGCAUUGCUGGGAUUUGAUCAGGUCCAGACUGGUUUUUCAUUUUUAGAUUAUUAAGGUGUUUCUUUAAUAACACUAAUAGGUACAGGUCUAAAAUUGAACUUGUCUUUGCAAAUUGCAUUAUGUCCUUUAUUAUACACACAUUAAUUUCACAUUAUAUUAGACGCCCCUUUCUGCUCUCUUGCAAAUGUAACUUUAGUUUUUUUCUCUUGAACUCCUGUCACAAAAUGUGACUUUGUGAGACAUAUGUACCCUCUUCCAUAUUACAUGCGGAUUUCGGCAUUUUUAGCCCUCCAAUGCCUGCUAUGCCUCUAAACAUUCAAUCACUGUGAGCGUAUAGAGGACUCGCCUAUCCUUAAAGAAUGAUCUUUAGCAGAUCUACAGAACCACAAACACUAUAAACACCCCUUUUAACAAUGCAUACAUUUUCCCCACCCCUAAAUAAAAUUAAAAGAAAUGCUUUAACUAGGAAGUCUAGGCAAUCCUGCUGAUCUUUAUAAUUUGUUCUAUGUUGAUUAUUUUGUUUGCUGUUGUAUUUGUGAGGUGAGUUAGAAGCAAUGUUUUGGAGUGUAGUACAGAUGCAUUUGGCAUAAGGAGAAAAAUAAAUGCCUUCUGUCAACACGACGGUCUUAUUACAGUUAUUAAUUUACUAGUGCUAAAAACGGUAUCCACAGUUCACAAUAAUAGUCAUCGUUGAGUCCUCACCAAUGUAAGUAAUUUUGAGAAAGCUACUUCCACCAUUUAAUUUGCUGUGUGCAUGCUUAAAGGAACACAGGCCUCUAUUACUGACGCAAUAGUGCCCAUGUCUCUAGUUAGAUAUAACUGCCCCCUAACCCCUGUUUGCUAGAAAUAUGUAGCAGAAAACAAAAACAAACAAUUGUUUACCCUUUCCCAUCGUCAAGGCUCACUCUGCCCUGCUCACGUCUUUGCAAAGUCAUCGAGGUGGUAUGAAUUGGAUUUAAUGCUUUCCUAUGGGCUCCUUCGUCACGGGACAGGGUCUCUGCACCCCGGCCACUUUGUUGAGAUGAAGUAGUGUUGGUGACUGUAUUGUCCCUUCAACUGAAAGUGUGGCAUAUUUCCAGAUGUUCAUAUUACACCUAAUGAAGAUGAACAAGAGUCCCUUACUUAAUCCAGUUUUGUUUGCUUUUUUUAAAAAGCAGAUCAGAUGGAUGUCCACUCCUCCAUGACUUUCUAGAGGCUCUCUUGCAGGGAAUGAAAUUGUGAAGAUUUAAAUUUUCACUAAUUUAAACCUACUCCUUGAAAUGUACAAGAUAUUUCCUUCACAGUGUUGUCGUUCCUCACUAUUCCAUAUCCCUGCUUAAUGAGAUCAUCUUCACACCAUAAAUGUUGGGCUCAAAUUCAUAAAUUUGAAAAAACACAGUCCUUACUCCUAAACCAAGAGCGAGACCUGAGCCUACAUCCUAGGAGUAGCCUCUCAAAGUCCAGUUUACCUCAUCACGAAGGAAGAAAAAUUAGAUUUACAAAUGUUUCUCUUAGCAGUAUGUACCAGAAUGUGCAUAUAUUAAUUUUAUGGCACAGAACAUUGCAGUGUUCGAGUGUAAUCCAAAAGGCUUGAUGUGGUGCAGGCCAGCGGUCACACUUAAACAUUUGUUGAACAAGGAAUCACCUUUACAAGAGAAAAGUUAUCAACGUGUUUUAAAAAUAGUGCAGAGUACUAAAUGUGGGGGCUGUCGCCAUAGAGACAAGUGAAAACAAGCAGGCACGCACAGUCCAUUUUACAUUACUGCACCAUGUUCUAGAACACAUCACUUUGAUAUAUCUCGCCCAGUGUGUCUGAUUUCUUUUAUUACACUAGCAGAUGUACUAUUGCAUGUCUUUCUCUCUUUACUAGUCUGUAUAUCUCAUCUGAUUCAUUGGAUUAAAACAGUUCAAUGUCUCACUUCACUCCUUGUGAAACAAACAUGUUUACGCCUUUCUAAUUAGGGUGAAAGGGAGUUGUAUUGAUAGAAAUUUACAUUGGUCAUUUAUUUUGUGAUUUUUCCACUGUUAGCCACUGUGUGAGUACUGUAACCUGGUCAUCGUCAUAUUGACAGCGUUUUGUUUUUUUCAUUAACCUUACGCCCCCUUUUUCUUUUCCCACCAAGCCAUAUAUAUCAGAACUGAUAUGUUAUCUAUAACUGGAAGAAGAGAUUCAGUUUAUCUUUGCUUACUGUCUUACACAUUCUGCUUUUUUUCUGUAAAAGGUGUCUGUAGAUUGCAGACUACUCAAUUAGAAGCAGUGCUAUUUUCCUGGAUUCUGUUAAUGACUGAUUGUUGGGAGAUAAAGCAUUACCAUCAGAGGAGGCUAUUUUUGUACGUUUUCGAAAUGCUUUUGCAGAGAGAGAUACUAAUUUAAAGAGAAACUAGUUGGAAACACCAAUAUUGGAUGAAAAGGUUUUUAUAACCAAUAAGAUCAAUAAGAUAAGUGUGGUUUAACACACACAGUUUUUGGUUAUAGUAACCCUUAUAAUUCCGGUCCCCGGUUUUGUUCUGUGCUGUCUGACUGCCCAAUGACUCUGACAGAGGUGGAAUUGUACUUCCAGCACAAAAGGACUUAAACACUUAGUGUUUUGUGUUUCUUAGCAAAAUGCUACACAUACAGACGUCAAGUACCAUCACCACUUUCAAAUCACUGAAAUGACUGUGGUGCCUGGAAUAACCCUUUAACUGUGCUUAAAAAAAAUCCCCUAUAAAACAAGCAGAAGUUAUUUUUUUUUUAUAUUGCUCGCAAGCCAGACCCUAAGAUUGUCUGCUUUAUCUACCCUUGCCCUUCCUAAUGUGUGGCUAGACACAACAGCACAUAGAAUGCCAGCUGAUUGAAGUGAGUGGCUAGGGUGCGGACUUGCAUUAAUUCCCUGUUCCUCUGGUGUUUACCUCCACCAAAGCUCGCAUCCGUAUGUGCUUGAUUGAAGUUGUCGGCUAAGUUUAGCCAGACGCAAUAGCCGAGGCAUAGCUGGCAUACUCCAGAUGACUGCUGUUUUUAGAAGGAGCAGGACGUCUGAGGCUGGCAUGUGUUCUAGCUCGGCCUUCUUCAUGAAGGUAGAUCUCAGGGACUGUUUCACUGACUUCAAACCAUGUACCCACAGCUGGAUGGGAAUGUUAAUGCUGCAGGACAGUGUCUGGACAAGAAUCCUGCUAAUGCUUUCUAAUAAUCGUACACACUGGGAGACUUCGUCUGUAUUGGAUUUCUUUUUAGAGUGUGACCAAGCUAAUGAUUGUGCUGUCUAUCACAGGUACAUCGCAAGAUCCGAGAGGAUACCGACAUGGCUCAGGACUCUCUUCAGUGCUUGGCCCAGCUUGCAUCUCUCCACGGACCUAUCUUCCCCGAUGACCGGUCGCAGGUUGAUUACUUGGCACAUUUCAUUGAAGGAUUACUUAAUACUAUUAAUGGGUAUGUAGCACCUACUUUUAUUUCUCACUGAAAUUAAUUGUGCCUAUUUUAAUUUCCUUAACACAUUGUGCUCUGUGUGCUGUGAUCAUUUCAUUGGGUAUACGGUGCUCACCUGUGGGUAUUUAUUAUAUUUAUUCUGCCAUUCAUCUCAGCCUUAUUAACCCACCUCAAAUUUUUUUUUCAUUUUUGGACAUAUACAUAUUUGUGUGUGUGUGUACAUUAUAAUCUGUCUCAGGGUUGGAAGUUUGACUUUGUCACCAAACCUGCUGUGAUGAUUAAGAAAGCCGAGCAGUGUACUGAUGCAUUGAAGCGUGACAUCUUUAAAAUAAUUGAUAAUAAGCUCACCUCUGAUUUCUUGUUUAGGAUAGAAAUUGAGGAUUCGGAAGCCGUGGGAGUUUCAAAUAUAAUCAGCAAUUUGAUAACUGUUUUUCCACGAAAUAUUUUGACCGCCAUUCCUAGUGACCUUUUCUCCUCGUUUGUGAACUGUUUUACACAUCUCACAUGUUCCUUUGGACGAAGUGCUGCCCUGGAGGAAGUGGUAAGGAACACAAAAUUCACUUUUCAUUAUCAGUAGAGAGCAAGCAAGGAAUUCUGAUAUACACUAAUGUUGGCUAAAAUAUGUACAUGAAAUGUUUAAUAGCAGCCUAGAAGAGAUUGCUCAAUAUAGACUAUGGAAGAAACUUGAUAGAAAAGAAUACCAAAAUGUUGUAAAGUAGCCACCAUAAUAUGAUGUGUGAAAUGUCUGGUAUUCAAAAUGAAUUUUAAAUCGAAGUUCGAAAAACCUUGGAAAACAUUCGUCAGUUGAGCCAUCUUCAAAGUUUGGCUAUAUUGGCCUGAACUAGUGGUUCCCAAACCAGUCCGGGUUUUGUCAGUAUUUCCAUUGGAAUAGAAUAGAAAUAUAAAAAUUCUACACUGUUGCUGGGCCAUGUACACUUGUUUGGGAACUACUAGCCGAAAAUUCACGUGCUUCAAAUUAAAAUAGAAUUGCAACACUAGUCUUAAAUUCACAUAGAAUAACAAUUUCUGCUUUUAGUGAAUAACCCCAUGAGUGUUGUCCAGUGCAUUAUUACAUUGUGAUCUUGAUCAUAUCGGGUUAGUGACCAGCAUGUUUAUGAAAACGGUAUGCGUGGUUUAAUUAGCUGGGACAUGAUGACUGGUGUUGGGAAAUCUUAUCCUAAAAUUACCCUGUGAAUCUGUCAGCUACAAUUAAUACGAAUGGCUUAUGUGGCGUACUCUGCAUCUUAGAAAGACCAGACGGGAACUGUUUGGAAUAGCAUGUAUACUAGACAGAUCAAUAGAACCACCCAACCUGUUUAUGUGCCUGAUAAUUGUGUAAUAUAUUUUUACUAUGCCUUGUGUCUAUCUUCACGGGUACAUAGAGGUGUUUUGUUUUUUGUUUUCUCAACUGUUAUUUUCUACCUUAUUGUAUAAAACCAGGAUGCACAACCUUCAUUAGUCCAGAUGUUGUGGACUGCAUCAUCCAUAAUGCUGGCAAAGCAACAGGGGAGAUGUAGUUCACAACAGUUGUAGUGCCGAAGGUUGCUUACCCCUGCUAAAGAACAUGCAACGACUUAAAGAGGACAUUAACAUUAAAAAUUAAGGAAAGCAAUGCAUGGUGUUAAGACCUUGAAAAGGCAGAAAUUUGGUAACCUUUACCCUACGGACGUUUCAAUAUUACAUAUCCCAUGGCAAGACACACGGGAAGUUUUAGAGAUGUAGGCUAGUCUUCAUUGUCUUACAUGGUGCUUCAAACACAGAAGUAGAUGAGGACUUACUCUUCAUUCUGUGUGCUCCAGAUAUUUAGAAUAAAUCUGCUUUGUCGGUCAUCUUCAUGGAAAAUUGUGUAAUGCCCAUUUCAGCAUAUACCUUAAAUCCUCCUUAGAAUGGUUUUAUCUUUCUCAAAAGAAAGCUCUAUCUAAUAUUCAAUCUUAUUUUUUCUAAUAUAAGGCUUUCUUUAUUUGUGACUAAGGUGUUUUUUUUUUUUUGUUUUUUUUUUAUUUUAUCUGUAUUUACUUUUGAUUUCCUUGCUGACACUUUCUUUUUACUACAAGAAGUGCUGCCAUGUUAAGUGAUUUAAAGGUUUGGAAGUAGAAUUUCAUCAGCAGUCCUUCCCAGUGCGCAGUUAGAAACCCACAGAGCUAUUGCAGUUUAUCACAAGGAUUCUAACUGCACGCUUGGCUGUGAGUGAAGAUCACUGCGUGAAUACCCAUUAGCCUGGCUACAGAGGAUGUUUAGUUGGAUAAAUGGGAUGUCCCAAAAAGCUUAUAAUGACAAUGUUCCAUGGGAAAUAGUGAAAAGGUUGAGAAUAAUCUAAAUAAACACAAAUUAUUUUAGAAAAAAAGUCAUAAAUAAAGAAAACAUAUGGGUGCAGUCAUUUAGACUGUAGAUGGCAUUGACAUGGUUAUUUGCUAAACCAAGAAUAACUAACAUCUGACAAAGUCAUUGCAAAUUUUAUGCCAAAAUAUAUGAAAAGGGAAAAUUCUAAGUCUUCUAUUUUUCUGCAGUUUGGGCUUAAAUGACUCAAUUCGUUGCCACCUCCCAUUUUUCCCUGUGUAGUGAAUAAACCCUUUAGAUAUUGUUUUAGAAUCCUGAUAACCUAAAGAAAUAAAGUAAAAGAAAAACUACACUCAAAACAAGCAGCUUCGUUUAACUAGACAUUCAUUUUAAAAGCUGCUAUAAAAAGAUUUUAUUUUUUAUUGAUAUUUUUUUAAUUAACUUUUUAAGUGUAUCAGUGCUUGACUGUCCUGUCCAGCUGCUAGAUCUCUCCUCAGUCCUGCUAUAUGAUCUGUUGACCGAUUCACUCUGGCUUUGAACUAGCGAGUCUAGACCGUGGAGAUUAUACGGCAAGCAGAAAGGAUUUAGAGACUGCGAAACAACACCCAUAUGUUUAUAUACACACGGCAGUAUGUGGCGUUGCUGCGGCUCCCUCAAAGUUUAUUUUGGGUCCCGUUACCUUGGCUUCUUUAUUGCAGCAUACUUCUCUUGGACAGAUUGAAAAUCCUUCAGUAUAUUGGGGGGCACAGUAAGAUGUUCUGUGUUUGAAUCUUUAUCAGUUAUGGAGGAUUACCGGCUACCACAAUGGUCUAUCAGUGUAAUUAUUGUGAUUAUUUUAAUUAUUUUCUACUAAAGAUUCACUGGAAGUACUAGAACCUCUGUAGGUGAAUUCAGUGGUGAUGGUGCAGAGAGUCUUUGGGGUGCUUCUGUGAAACUGUUUGAAUGGUUUGGCAAAAAGUCCAGCCACUCUGUCGCAGUAUGGCUAAUGGCAGAAGUGACCUUUCGCAUUAGUCGUCUACUUUUGAACAACAGUGUUGGAAUGAGAAUGGUACGUGAUAUUGUAAUAGAGGGGCAAGGGGUUUGACUCAAAGUAAACAUAUGUUUUUGUCAAAUUGCUCAAAUCGUCAAAAACUUAGAAGAUUGUACCGAAAGACUGUAAGCUUUAUUGGUUAUUUUGCCACUUUAAGGAGUUUUAUUCCAUGAAAAAAGUUAAUAAUUUGAGCACUCAAAAGGAAUGUUGCAUUUAAAAAAACCAAAAAAACAAAAACAAUAAACAAGGCACAAGAUAUGUGUAUCCAGGCAGUACUUGAAAUGUAUAGCCUACUUGCAGUUCACUCUUUUACACUAGCUGUUACAUACUACAUCCCUGCAGGCUUUUCAGAGAAAAGGCAGUGUUUACAUUACAACCUCUAGUGCCAGUUACUCAGACAGCAACUUGAGCUGCUUCCUAUCUCAGUGCUGCACCGUGCGUUCAGCGUCUCCCUGCUCUGCAGGAUGCAUGAUUCAAUGAGGAGAUGCUGAAUGGCACAGCCAUGUGUUUAGCCAAUAGCCUCGCAAUGCUUUCUAUGGUAAAGCAUUGGAUUGGCUAAGAUUAUCAAGAUUGAUCUCAGUGAUGGAGGCAAGACCAGCAUGGCAAUGAAGCAAAGGUAAGCUAACCUUUUAUCUCCAUUCUAAGGGGAGCUGGUCACAUAAAUAGGUAGUUCGGUACUACCUAUUUAUGUAUGUUAGUUAUACAAGUUUGUAUUCCUAACACUACAGUGUUCCUUUAAAAAUAUUCUUAUGACGCUACGGCAAUUCUUUCUGAGAGAACUUUUUUUUUUUUUUUUGGCAGUUUGUGUUCGUGCGUGAGUCUUCAGUGAGGCUAAGGAUUCUUUCUAUUCACCACAUAUGGAUCAGAUUAUACAAACUAUUUCAAUUUGCUUUGUUUGAAAAGCUCAGCAUGUUCUGACUGUGCUUUUUCCAGUGGCUGGUUAACCGGUCACGCUAGUGUUUCUGACGAUGCCCCUGUUUUUCUUCCUGCAGCUCGACAAAGAUGACAUGGUGUACAUGGAAGCCUACGAUAAGCUGCUAGAAUCCUGGCUCACCUUGGUACAAGAUGAUAAACAUUUCCAUAAAGGCUUCUUUACUCAACAUGCCGUCCAGGUCUUUAACUCUCAUAUCCAGUGUCACCUAGCUGCUCCGGAGGGCACAAGGAACUUGGUAAGUGUAAUCAUUCUCUAGAGCAAGGGUGUGCAAAUUCCUUAUAUUCAAGAUUGCUGGUGACUAACUUGAUGCUCCACACUCACAGUCUAGAUCCCACAGAAUGUGGAAUAGCAGUGAAAUUGUGAGGAAGUGUGGAUUCUGCUCUCCGUAUAUGUGAUAGCUGUGCUUUUUGAAUUUCUGUUUAAAAUUGACCUUUUGGCAAAGCAAGUUGUUAUGCAUUAAUCUGUCUGUUGCCUUUUUAAAAACUAUUCAGAAAUGUUUAAAACGCAGUGAAGAACUACAUAAGUAUUUGGGCACAAAACAUCUAUUUGGUUCUGAAUCACAAAUGUUUGUCAGAUUUGUUCUAUUUCCUUUGUGUAUCACUGUUUCAUAUGUGUUGCGAUUUUCUCUCCAAUAACGUUAACUACACAGAUGUACCGGACGUCUACAAACUCUUCUAUGGCAGAUCAUUUUAUUCCAUUUAUAUAGCAAACAGUAACAAAUAGCCACAUAGUUGAUAGACGUGGAGAUCUAUAAUACUGUGCAAGAUAUAUGUUGCCAGAGAGUCUUAUGUGUAUUUCAGUUUUGUUUUGUUUUUUGUUUGACUGUUCACUGUAAAAUAUCUCUAGAUUUGAAGGUUGUCUAUCAGGAGUGGAGUGAGGUCCCAAAAAUUGUUUUUUAAUGUGUUAUUUUUGACGAGUCUGUAUCAGAUUAUUUUUAAUACCUUUAGUUCAGGAUUGUAUGUGGCCAGAAGUGGUACUUUGUUAAUUUCGGUUUGUGGCAUGUAUAGCACAAGUGUGGUGUUGUGCAUUUGAUUGUCUAUUGUUCUUGGCUGAGGGCCCUGCUUUCUAAAUCUCAUCAUUAAUGUGUGGAGCUGUUGGUGUCUGUCUGUUAUGCUGGAGCAGAUGUAAUUGUAUCGUAUCACUUGGCUUGUCAUAGUGUUUGUGUCUGGAGUGUAAAGUUUUAGAUGUAAAGAAUGAGAAUCUAUGGUAAUGUGAUAUAGUGAUGUCUAUUGUGUUGUCACUGAUUUAUAUCCAUGUUAUUCAUUGACCACAGAAUUGCAAAGUUUCAGCCAAAAGUAUUGGAAUUUAUUUUUUUCCUCCGUUUGGAUCGUUUGGCCCAAACAUUUCAGUUUAGUAAAAAACCUUGACUUUGUCAAGAAGAUAUGUGUGUGUAACAGAAUUGUUCAGAGUGAAGAUGUUCUCUUUGUCACCAGUCAGCCUAGCAUAUGUCCUGCAAAUGCUGUCCUACUGGAUGGCUGUUUUAUGCCUGCACUAAUAAAAUCAGAUGUUCAUUCUCCUGGGUUAAAUGUAAUCUUUACAUAUGAGAAGCUUGGUCAGCACCCAUCUCUAUCAAAUAAGAUAUUUAACUCAAAGUUACAAAUUAAAGCACAGCUGACAUUCCAGGGCUCUACUUGUUUGGUUUCAAAGCGGUGGUCAUGGCUUACAGAUAGAUGUGAAGAUCUAGGAAGGAGGCAGCUGCAGCUUUGAAGUCACCUAAAGAGAAGUGUUUGGUGGUUUAGAUUAAGGGGAGAUCGGAAUCUGGAAAGUGUGGCGCAAAAAGCAUUGAAGUGUGCUACAGCUUCCGUCGGCAUACUUGGCCCAUCCUCGUUCUUUUCCCAAUUUAAUUUUACAUUCAUUUAAGGCUCGCUACUUGAAUAUUUAAUCUCAUGUUAAUACAGAGCAAAUGUGUGUGUGUGUGGCUCCACGUUGGGCAUACAGUAUUUUCUGUACCCGCUUCAGCUGGGAGAACAUUUUAGUUACUGGUUUUGUAACGAUAGCUUCUGCUUUAUCCAGAAUUGUGGAUUUUAUUCUAUACUUUUGAAAUCCCUUUAGAUAUUUUCAAAUCUGUAGCUUUUUGCACACACACGUAAUAAUAUUUGAUUCUUUAAUAUAUUCACAUUUUAUUUUGAUGUUCAUGACCCAUAUUUUAUUCAUGUCAAAACCUUUACAUUCGAUUGUGCUAGAUUUAGGGUUAUUACCUCAUCUCUUGGUGGCAGGAUGGCACAGAGUGGGUUGCCUAUAGGAUAUAACCAUGUUCCAGACAGCCCAAUAUUUACUGUCUCAUUUUUGAUUGCAAGUAGUGUGAGACUAACUAUCACUGGUUUCACAUAAUUGAGCUUAUGUGAACUGAGCGUGCAGUGUCUUUUUCAGACCUGUUGACCAUGAAAUUUUUUUCACAUUUAUAAUUUGGUCCGUAAUAUUGUCACUUGUGAGACCAUGUAUAGUCCUAUAAACACUCAGUUUUGCUGAUAAUUCAUUACAUAAGAUAGUUAUUUACCUUGUGUAUCACUGAUCCAAGUAACAAAAAGUACACAAGGAACCAGUUGUACAGUAUGAACAGAUAAGCACAGAGGCUUCAUUAUGAACUGGGCCAAAUGUGUAUCAUGUUGAUAUGCACGCCAACUUUUAUUUUAAGGUCUCUGCUCCUGUUUGACAUCAGAUAUUAGUACUGUGCUCCUUCCCUGGCAUGAUGUUAAAACCUAUUUUUAUAAAAUGUGUUCUUAGAAUGGCCAUUUUAUGGCUCACUGUUGAGUUAGUCAUGUGCCCAGAGGACAAGAAGAUUGGUGACAAGGCAAAUUUAAUCUUAUUCAAUCGGAAAAGGCAGAUUAAGAUUUAUUUUUGGCGGUGCACUUUAAUGUUUUAAUAUAACCAGAUUAGAAAUUAGUUUCAAUUUUUGAAGCAGUAUGUGAAAUUCAACAUGACCAGAGAUCUAGUGGUUCAGAUAAAAUGUCAGGUCCUGCUCUUGCAAGCUGAUAGCUAAGCCAUUUUAUCCAAAAGGCAUCCAUUUAUAGUGAAAUUGAUGUUUAGAGUGUGUGUGUUUUACAUAUCUUCAUUUUAGUUUUUUGUCUGUUUACAGACUGCUAAUGGUGUUGCUUCUCGGGAGGAAGAAGAAAUAAAUGAAAUUCAAGAGGAUGACCGUGACUUGUUUUCUGACCAACUAGCGAGCGUUGGCAUGCUUGGCAGGAUUGCAGCAGAUCACUGUAUACCUCUACUUACUAGGUACAUUCAUGGGCAAACACAACCAUUUCAUUAAACACCUAACUCGUUUUUUGAUUUUAAAGAUGACCUUUCACUUGUAAAUGUUAGGUCAGGUUUUAUAAAUCCCAUUGUACAGUGCUACGGAAUCUGAUGGCGCUAUAUAAAUUAUAAAAUUACGCCAUUUGAUAGCAAUAGAUUUUCUAGGUUCUAACAUGGGAAACAUUUUACAAAAACUUUUGCUAUCCUUGCUUUAUUUUGUUGACUGGACAUGGAAUGUAAUUUGUUGGUCUUGUGAGCCUUCUACCCCAAGUCUAUAUAUCCAAAUGGCAGCCUUUCCAUUGGCAUCUGGGUUGUAUUUUCAAGAGAAAAAGCAGUAAGUUCGAUUUUUCCCAAGCCUGUUUUUACUGAUCGGUUGCCACAUGUGAUGCCAUCUUUACAUUGCUUAUAAACACUCCUAUUCACUAAAUGGUUAUAGCUAAUAAACUUGUUUUGUGGGAAAACCUUUCUGACGAAAUUCAGUUUAAUAAAUAUCAAAUGCAUAACAUUACCCUUUCAGCUUACUAGAGGACCGAGUGACCAGACUUCAUGGGCAGCUGCAGAGGUAUCAGCAACACUUGCUAGCUUCCCCAGGAUCCGGAUCAGGCUCUACUGAUAACAAAGUGCUGGAUGAUCUCUAUGAGGACAUUCAUUGGCUUAUCUUAGUUACAGGUAAGCGCUGUGCGACUACUACGCCUGCGUACAACAACUAGGCACACAAACCACUUUAGGGCUGCUCUUGCAAUAAACCGCAGUUCACUCCUUGGUGUGGCUUAUAGACUUUGCAGAUUUUGUUGUGCAGGUUCCUAUCAUGAGGUGCGGGUUUUGUCCACCUAGACAGAACAUAAAUUUUGGCUACAAAACACAUUUGUGGAUCUUGAUACAUAGUAGAGUAAAACAAAACUCCAUAAGAAAAUGAAAUAAAAACCUUUUUAAUCGUGAGACUUUGUGUUUUAUAUUGGAGUCAACGUUUAAUUUUAUUGUGGCAUUCCCAGAGGGAAUUUCAAAUACAGUAUGUAUAUCUCUUUACCACUGAAAAGGAUACAAUAUGUAACACAUGCAUGAUGUCCACUCAAGACUAGUACUAUCAGAAUACAACAGUUCAUGUGAGUCAGUGCAGUACAGGCCUCAUACACUAUAAAGCACAUUGCUAUAACUCUCCUCAUCUAUUUUUAUCAAUCCAGGCUACCUCUUGGCCGAUGAUACUCAGGGUGAGACUCCGUUAAUACCUCCAGAAAUAAUGGAAUAUUCCAUUAAGCAAUCAGCCGAGGUUGACAUCAACACAACACUACAGGUUCUGGGAUCUCCUGGGGAGAAGGCUUCCUCCAUACCUGGGUGCAACAGAACGGAUUCCGUCAUCAGGUGAGAGACAGGCAGCUGCUUUCUUUACUUGCUACAAUAUGUAGGGGUGGUAUUGAAUACUGCACAUAUCCUUUAAGAAACUAUUUUUUUUUUUUUUUUUUUUUAAAUAGACUAUUACAUAAAGCUUAGGGACAGUUUCUCAGUUUGUCAAUGUGUUUUUACUUGCCCGCCACCCACCAGUUUUGCUAACAGGAUUUCCAUCUCUCCUGUGCAGGUUACUCUCUGCGGUUUUGAGAGUAUCGGAAGUAGAGACUCGAGCCACAAGGGCAGAUUUAACACACCUCUUAAGUCCUCAAAUGGGAAAAGAUAUUGUUUGGUUCCUGAAGCGUUGGGCAAAAACCUACCUUCUCGUGGAUGAAAAACUAUAUGACCAGGUGGGGUUUAUAUUUGUGUGGUUUUUUUUUGGUUUUUUUUAAGGUACUCCCUGGUAACCCAUAAUUUUAGCUAAAAUAUUAACAGUUUCAGAUAAUAUACCUUGUCAUGUGUACCCUUCAGGAUAUUGUAUGCCUGGAGAAAGGCUGAUUAAAAAGGUGUUGUAUUAAGUGUGUGUGUUUGUAAAUUUAUAUAGACUAACUUUUUACUUUAAAAGUUGGAGCCAUGAUGUACAGUCUAUAACUUUGGAUAUAUAUAUACACACACACAUACACACGACUAGAUUCAUGUAAAUAUAUUACUUUAUAAAUCUUCAUUGUGUUUCCAUCCUGCAGAUCAGUAUGUCAUUUAGUACGGCAUUUGGGGCGGACACAGAAGGUGCUCAAUGGAUCAUUGGUUAUCUCCUAGAGAAAGUGAUCAGCAAUCUUUCUGUGUGGAGCUCAGAGCAGGAAUUGGCCAACGACACUGUCCAGUUACUGGUUACUUUGGUAGAUCGGAGAGAGAGGUAAGAAUCUUCUGUGCAACACGUGCUCUGAUAUUUAUCAUAGUUACUGCUUUUUUGGUGAAAUGUGUCACAUUCUUAUUGUUUUUGUUUUAAAAAACAAAAAGCACAGCUGUAAAACCAUUGUGAUUGAUCUUCAGAAAAUGAUAGUAACGUGCAUUCCUAUUUUAUAGAGCAAAUGUAGUCAUUCAGUGUGAAAACUGGUGGAAUUUGGCUAAGCAGUUUGCACGAAGAAGUCCACCCCUUAACUAUCUGUCCAGCUCUGUUCAGAGGACACUGAUGAAAGCUUUGGUUCUUGGGGGAUUUGCCAAUAUGGAUUCAGACAUGAAACAACAGUACUGGACAGAGGUAAGCACAUACAAGAGUGUGAUAGUAUUUACUCUCUAGCAUACGGAUCUGUUUUUACAAGGAUCUUCCUCACAUCUACAUAGACAAUACUGAUUCCUCACACAUCAGCAUAAAUGCAUUGACAAUACCAUAUUCUAUGUAUCUAGUUGUUGAAGGCUGUUUAUUUUAAAUUAGAAAAGUGUUACUCUGAAAGUGUGUGUGUGUGUGUGUGUGUGUGUGUAUAUUAAAUAAAUAUAUAUAAUUUUAGUGUGCUUUUAUUAAAAAAAAAGAAAUAAUAAAAAAAAAUAGGAAAAAAAGUCCCUUUCGGUUGACAUCUGAGCUAGACACACACGGCUUGCAUAUGUCAAAGAGAAGUGGUUUUCUGCAUUUGAUGUGCCAGGAUAGACAUUUGCCAACUCAUCCCUAUGAGUCUUUUAAUAGGUCCUGCAGCCUCUUCAGCAGCGGUUUUUGAAUGUCAUCAAUCAGGAGAACUUCCAGCAGAUUUGCCAAGAGGAGGAGGUGAAGCAGGAGAUUACCGCUACACUGGAAGCCCUCUGUGGCAUUGCAGAGGCUACUCAGAUUGACAAUGUAGCAAUCCUCUUCAAUUUUCUAAUGGACUUUUUAACGAACUGCAUUGGUUUAAUGGAAGUCUACAAGAACACCCCAGAAACUGUGAACCUCAUUAUCGAAGUAUUUGUAGAAGUUGCACAUAAACAGAUCUGUUACCUUGGAGAGGUGCGUGCUGGUUUGUUGUUUGUUGCUACAUCCAAACAUCCAGUAGUCAUGGGACUUACUGUUUCUGUGCGAUAUCGAGCAGUAUACACUACGUCUUAAAGCCAUACUAGUCACUCUAAUUUUGGGACCUGUCUUAUAUCCAGGUCAAAGUGUCUACUUUUCUGCUAAGUAGAAAUUAGAUACUGGUUGGGAGGUUGGGGGUGAUAAUAGACAGAUAAUGAGGAAGUCAAAUUCGAUUUCAUAAUAUCGCAAACUAUGGGGUGGAUUUUGGGUCGUGGGGAAUUCUGCCAUUUUUUUUUUUUUUUCUUACAAUCUUUCAAUCAAAAUGUUUGUCACCAAAACAAUAGCACAGCUGAAUCCAUAGCCUCUUGCACCAUAACCACUGCAAUGCCUUGUAAUGGUUGUUAUACUUGGAAUGUCCCUCUAAAUAGGUGCAUGACAAAAUCCUAUUGUUCAAGAAAGGAAACUUUUAAGACUGUAGUCAUACAUUCAACUAAUGAAGUUGGGACUUGUGCUAUGCUAUUUGAGUUACCUAUUGAGGUAUUCGGCAGAGGGGAGGGGACUGAUGUUCUCUUAUUUUUACAUUGAUAGGAGUUAUUUAUUUUUUUAAGGGGGGGCGGGUGGUGUUCCAAAGGCAACUGAUUGUGAAAUGCAAUAUUUAAUCUGGAGAUUAACAGCAUUGUGUGGGAACUGUGCAUUACAAAUUUAGUGUCUGGUCCUUGCUGAAAGGUGUGCACCUCUAAUGCAUAGUGUGUUGUGUUUUAAACAUAUUUCCUAUGAGAGAAAUGUGAAUGUUGCCACUAGAUAUUGCCAAUGUACAGGCACUAGAACGUUGCUGGACUGUUUCUCUGCUUCUUUCUUAGUCAAAAGCCAUGAACCUGUAUGAAGCAUGCCUGACUCUGCUUCAAGUAUAUUCCAAGAAUAAUAUGGGCAGGAAGCGCAUUGAUGUAACAGCCGAGGAGGAUCAGUAUCAGGAUCUUCUGCUCAUUAUGGAACUUCUCACCAACUUGCUCUCCAAAGAGUUCAUUGACUUCAGUGACACAGGUAUUUAUUGCUGUCCAUAGAAAGAAGUAAUGGGAUCUAGAUGAGCCUCGCAUAUCUGUGCUUGGCCCUCCAGUUCUUAUUGUCAUUGUAACUAGGUGAAAGUCUUAUUAAGCAUGUAUAUAUACAUGUAUUCUCAGAAUUCCAAUAUUUGAAAAAUUGGUAUUUAUUCUGUAUGUCCUAAUUUUUUGCUGCCUUAAAUUUACAUACCAAAGAAAAGAAAGGGGAAAAAAAAAUUACCUGCGCGCUCUCCUUAAUCCCUAUGUAUAUCUAGACAAAUGGAGGUAAUUUAGUUUCUCCAAUGGCCAUUGGAGGGAAUGCCCACCUGCCAACGUCAAGGCAGACCCCCCUCAGGUGGGUCCUACACUGACCCUUCACCUUGCUUCCUUGAGCUUCUGGCAAAGAUAUCUCCACUGAGACAUACUUAUUAACCCUUAAUAUGGAAAACCUGGGAUGGGCGGCAGCAUUGUAACAAGGCUGUGUGAUACAAAAAGUGAAUAUAAAUACAAAAAGUCCCACAGUACACAUCAGCCCCAAUAUAUAGUUAAUGGUUUUUAACUAUAUAUUGGGGCUGAUGUGUACUGAGGUUGUUGCUGCCGCCCAGGAGUGAUGGGAGUGAGCGCAGGACUUAACUUACAUUUUUAUAGCAGCAAAACGAUUUCCAGAGUGAGAGCUUCAGUGGCCGGCUGAUACAGUAAUUUGUGAAAAUGUCUAAUUGACGCAAAAAUAUGUCUUGGAGACUCACUGGUUCAUCUGCAUCGAUUGCCCUAGGACAGGACGUGAUUUUUUUCUCAGUUGUGAUUCUAGACUAAAAUAAUCUUCACUUUAAUGAAUAGCCCUGAGUGGAUAUCAAAUUAAGUCGAAAUAGCCAAACUGGGGGAGAAAAAUUUAAAUUCACUUUGAAGUCUCACUUUGAUAAAAACCCUGAAUAUGCUGAACCUUUUGGUAGUUCUAUAUGUUUGACUUUGUAGAUUUGUUCUGUACGUAUUGUCUUACGUGUUGGGUGUUUCUUAGAUCUUUACAUUUCUGUUCACAUGAUGGUACUGUGCUUGAUUGGAUGGAUCUAAAUAAUAGUGCAGUACUUUUGUAGGUAUCCUUCUUGUCAUACUUUGUGAUAUUCGCAUAAUGUAUAGGAGUGCGGUGUGUAGUAUAAGUUUGUCACCGGGAUAUUGAAUUUAUUAAUCUCUUUCCAGAUGAAGUUUUUAGACCGCAUGAGCAAGGACAAGCUACCAACAGGCCAGUAUCUGCAGCAGACGUGGUUUUAUAUGGAGUAAAUAUCGUGCUACCCUUAAUGUCUCAAGAUCUACUAAAGGUAUGUAUUGUAUGUUUCCUUGUAGAAUGAGGGGACAAUAUUUAUAUUGUAUCUGUAUUUUAAAAUGGCAUUUAACUGUGCUGGAGGAUAUCUUCUAAUCUGUGCUAUGUACUCAACAAAGGCCCUGAAGAGAAGGCCCUGUUAAGUAAAGAAAUACAUAUAGAGAGAGAGAACUUCUUCCUUUAUUGUGCAUUCCUAAGAAUUUGUGACAUUCUGUUAUUGUUAGUACACUGGCAUAGCUCAGUAAUCUUUGGCAGGAGAUAAAGAUAAUGAAAAAUUAUUCUUGGUAACUUUGCCUAUACCAGGCUAAAUUCUAUUAUUGUUUUUGUUUUUGGGUUUUUUUUACAAGCAGUUUUCCAGUUAUCUUCUGGGAGAAAAAAAGAAUUGCUAUUCGAUUACAUGAGAUAAGCUUAUCCCCUCUAAUAGAAUCUAGCCCUCAAUGGCUGGCUCUGCCCAAAUUGCAGCAAAUCUCCUUUAACUGUAGUAUUGGCCAUCACUUUCCAGCUGGUUCCUCCCUCUUGCAAUUGAUGCUAGAAUAUAUACAAAUGGCUAAAUGGAUCUAGAAAGAAAGGGUUUAUGAUAAACGUACUGCUCUCCAAUAUGUUUCCUCUCAUGGAACUGUUCCACUUGCUAAUUUUCAUUCUUUAAUUGCAUGCGUCACAUCAUAUUUAACAGUACAUUGUCCCAUCAAUACCAUUCAUUUCUGCUCUAUUAAUUUUUUAACUGUUAGAAGGUACAUGAAUCACAGGUUGGAAAAUUAGCAUUAAUCCGUGAGGCCUCUUGGGACACAGUUUGUUUUUGCUUAAUGUUAUAAUUUAAUACGACCUGAAGUUUUACCCUAAGUAGUGAACUUGCCAUCCCUCUGCCAGUCGGAUGUUUUUAAUUCCAUGUUGCAGAUUGCAGUUCAUACUCCUAUAUAUGCAUGGAUUGGUUGUUCUAAUUAGUUAUGGGUUUAUUUCAGUUCCCUUCACUCUGCAAUCAAUACUACAGACUCAUCACUUUUAUAUGUGAAAUUUUCCCUGAAAAGAUUCCUCAGCUUCCUGAAGACCUGUUCAAGAGCCUGAUGUACUCGCUGGAGCUGGGAAUGACAUCGUAUCCUUCCAUUUCUCUAGAUCUCAAUAGAGAUGUCUACCAGAGAUGGCAUCCAUCUUGUGUUAGAAUCAAUUUAGUGGCUUUGCAGAAAACAAGAAUAUAAGGCAAAUAACCUACACAUGGGUCUGCCGGUGCUGGCCUCGCCUCCAAUCCACCUCUUUGACUGACAUCAGAACUAAUGAUCCCAGCCUAUCCAAUGCUUUCCCAUAGGGAAACUGAGUGAGAGACUGACUAUAGUCACCAGAACAACUACAUUAAGCGGUAGUUGUUCUGGUGACUAUAGAGUCACUUUAAGUUAUAAGAAAUGAUAAGUGAGAGUAUCAAGCGAAGGUAUAUACCACUAUGGACCCAUGGCAGUUUAGAAUUCAUAAUGCAGAGCAAGUCUCUACAAUCUACAGUUAUGUCGUACCCAAGUACCCCUUUUUUUUUUUUUGUUUAUCCUAUAAUGAAAUUUUGAGGGAUGAAAAGUUGUGAUAUUACAUAAUAUUGCUUAUUUUAAUAUCUCAGAGAUCAAUACCAUUCUUUCACAAAAGGUGAGACUUAGAUUAGAAUAAUACUUCAGAUUGCAGCUCCGGAAUUUUAAAAUGGGCACAAAUAAUAAGUACAUAUACAUGCCUGGCUUAAUUGCCAUUGCUGCGUGCAGUAUUUAGUAGUAGGGGAUUGGCAUUUACAGGCAUUCGGUGAUGAGCAGAGACACGGUAGAGAAACGUAUUUUCUACGUAAAAUGAAUACUGUAUGUGUGGUAUUAUGUAAUGCCAAUCACCAUAACCAUGUGAGCCACCAUUAUUACUGUUAUUAUUCACAUUUAUAUAGCACUAGCAUUGUUUUCAUAGCUUUCUACUUAAACAAUGAUGUUGUAUAAAUAAAACAUAGGCCUCAAUUUAGUAUUGUUGGAAACAGGUUGUGUUUUUUUGGGGGGUUUUUUCGUCAAAUGACGUGCUAUUUUUUAAUAAUCUUUUGAAAUAAUUUAAUAUUGUGAAAAACAUUUUACUUGUACUUUUUAGAUUUUUUUAUAUAUAUUUAUAUGAUAGAUAUAUUUAAAAUUUUCAUAUGUUGAAAAAAAAAAAAUCAUAUUAAAAUUUUGUCCAAAAAUAAUAAAUCAGUUGGAAAGCUAACUCAGCAAUGUUACAUCGAGACCAAAAUCUUGAUUGACCCAGGGCCCACAAAUGAACCACAAACAAUUGCUAUGAUCACCCGAGCUCAUAGGGCAAAAGAAACAGAGCAUGCAAAACACCCAAAAAGGGAAACACACUAAAACAUGGAGUCCCGACUCGGGAACAAGCUAUAUAGAUGAGCCCCAAAAUAAGCUCAACACCAAGCAAAAGGCACACACAACGAAGCACAGCAAGAGGUCAUAAAGCAAAACGAAGACUUUGACAAACCAACUGAAAUAACUACCAAGGUAUAUAAUCACUUACACGCACGUAAACACAGAUACUAAUAACAGAUAAUCAACGCGGAAAUACGCCCUUCUCUCGUCAAAAUAGAACCGAAUACAGCUAGUUCUGUUUUUUUUUUUUACCUCCACACAUUAGAGGUUUAAUUGUUUUACUAAUGUUCAUUUAAACAUGUUCAGUGCUACAACAUGAUUAUUAUGUUGUAACUGAAAAAUAAAAAAUAAAGAAUGUCAAAAAAAAUCUUGAUUGACACAAGAGAUAAAGAAAGCAUGGCUUAAAUGAGCUUUACACUCUAGGAAAAUGAGGUUAAAAAAACGUUCUCCCAUUAGUUCUUAUAUUUUAUUUUAUGAGAAUCAAUUGGUUUCUUUAAUUGUGUAAAAAAUAAAAAGAAUGAGUUCGGAGGUCUCCCAGCUUUGCCUUGAAGCAUUAACCCCAUUAGCCGAGCAGUGUGCUAAAGCACAUGACACAGAUUCUCCUCUUCUACUAGCAACUCGACAUUUUCUCAAGGUAGGAAAGAAUACCCUUUUCCAUUGCCAGGAUUCAUGAGCUGAUGUCCAAAAGUGAUGCAGUAACCAACAUUAUUUCCUGCUUUUUCAGCUGGUUUUUGAUAUGCUCGUUCUGCAAAAACACAACACGGAAAUGACGACGGCGGCAGGGGAAGCAUUUUACACGUUAGUUUGUCUAAACCAGGUACGCAAGGCAUGCUUUUGUUUUUUUAAAUCUUUUCUUGCCUUGAGAUAGAUCAAUCCUUUAAAUUGCAGUACAUUAUUUAGCAUUUAUAUAGCACUGCAGCGCUUUACACUAUUAUAAAGAGAGAAUUGAACAAUAAAUAAGACCAUUACAAAAUGUUACAGGAACAAUAGGUUGAUGAUCCUGCUCAAACGAGCUUACAGUCCAGAGGAGAUGGGGGAGGAAGGGAAGCGUGGGGAUAGCAACCAAGUAACAGGAUGGGAAGUAGCAAAAUUGAAAGGUGAUGGUGCAGUGUGGCUCGUUACAUAAAACUAUACAACAUUCUUUAAGAAGGUAGUUUUAGUCCUUUCAAUGUUAUGCACAGUAUAAAAUGAUUGAGACCACUUUCCCUUCCAGCAUAAUUUCUGGAGAUUAUUUUAUCACUGUUAUUUUAAAGAAAUGAUUGAUUAAAUCGCCUGUCCUAAAUUCAUCAAAGGAGUGGAUUAAGUUAUUAGGAAGAAGUAAGCACUCGAAGACAAGACCAUCUGAACUGUCUUAAGAAGAGUAUGUUGAGUUCCUAUGUAUUAAUGGAAGAUGAGAAGGCGGGCAUCAAAGAGCUAAAUUGGACUACUAAAACCCAGCUAUAAAUAUUGUCCUAUUUUUGCUGAGUAACAUUUUACCCAGUAACCCAUUGACAUUUUAUCACAUCCAAUUAUGCAGAGUUGGUGAAUAGCACAGUAGUGAGAAGUGGUCACCGUUUUGCCUUGAUCUUUUUGUGUAUAAAUAUCAAAAGUUUUCCAAGCACUGUGAUACUUGUGAUAAUGACGUGCAGGCUAAAUUUGUAUAUGGGGCAAGAUAUUACCCGCAUGGAAACUGACAUUCUAUCAAAUAAGCAUUUUGUGUAUUCGUAUAAAGUACCGUCUCUGUUGCCACCUAUAUUCAGACACGGAUACAAGUCCUAAAGAAAAAAAAGAGAAUGUUGUGCAUUUGAAAAGUAAUUGGAAUACACUUUGAGAAUGAACACACACUAUUUUAAUUGCACAUGGAAAUGUAGACGAAUAGCUCACAGCUCCAUAUGUCUUGAAAAGCUGUCAUUAAAAAUCCUAAAAGCAGCCAGUUACCCAAUCCCUGUAAAGCAUUGAAGUAAACUUGUCAUUUACAAUUGUGCAGAUGACCACCUACAUUCAGGUAGGUUUACUUCUAGUUUAGUGGUACUCAGUCCAGUGGUCAGGAUACAUAAACAAGGAAAAAAUACAGAAAAAACAGACUGCACCAAAUAAGAAAUACUAGAUUAUCAUAUUCGGGUAUGUAUGUGUCACUAAUCCAUCCUCUACAUAUAAAGAUUACAAUACUAAUACCCUUCUUAAGAAUAAUAAAAGUGCCGCUUAGCAGUCCUACGCCAUUAUGCCUGACUUUUGCAACAUGCCGGUGGACGCCGGCUGCUGCGGACCCACACCAUAUUAUAGCCCCACAUCCGCCCGCUUUAAUGUCGACGUGCGUGUGACGUCGUGCAAAAGACGCACAUUUUUGGGUCAAAAGUCAGGUACAGCCAAUCGGAUCUGUAGGAGGGUUAUUUAAACUCAUUAGUCCUUCUACUCAUUGCCCUGUCGUGGUUUCCCUUUGCUGGUUAUCCGAGAGUGUGUUUUCUGAUCGUAUAUUUCUAGUUUUUGACUUUGGCUUCAUUUUGACUUCCCUGAUUUCUGGUAUCCUUGACUUUUGGCUUUCCCUCAUUGUUGUGUCUCAUUCUGUAUCCCUGACCUCAGCAAGUAGUUUGACUAUUCUUGGGUUCGUUAAGCCUGGCCAUUGUAAGGUACGGUUAGACGUUAUCCUUAGUCCUAGGUGUGAUAUUAUUCCUGCGUGCUGGAUCAACAAGUAAUUCUGACAGUUUGUGUGUAUAUGAACCUUUUGAAGAUAGUGCUUUUUUGGAGGUCAGUUUUUUAUCCUCAGUGUUCAAGUAGACCAAACUUGCAGAUGAGGUAAUCUGUUGUUGGUGUCUCAUAUAAAAUGAAACACAAAAUAAACCACCAAUAGUGCAAUCCAGUAUAUAUAGUGUCUUAUGUAAAAUUAAGUUAAAAUACAGCUCUUAGAUAGGACUCUGAGCAGUACAAUCCCCGCUCAAGUAGAAAUCUGGAGCUGUGCUCUUUAGAUGUUCCCAAUGUAAACGGCAUAUGAAAGGAAUAAAACGAGAUCUAGUGGUUACCAUUUUAAGCAAUAGUACUGUUUUAAAAAAAGUAUAUAAAAUCUACUCACAAUUUCAAGAGCACCUUUUGCUCAAUAUCAGCUUGGGUGGUAUGAUUCCCACCAAGGAUAUAUGUAGGUAGAUUUGGAGGUUCCUAUAGAUUAAUAAAAUAAAAUGCAGGAUAAAAAAAACACAUAAAAUUUUGAAGGUUAAAACAAUGUUUACUGUAAUAUACCACACAAAAAAAAAGUUUAAAAAAGUCCUAUAUAAUCACAACGUGUUUCACCGAUAGGCUUUUUCAAGUGAUCUUGUAUUUCUUAUUUGGCGCGUUCUGUUUUUUUUCUGUAUUUUUUCCUUGUUCCUCUUUGGUUAUUAGGGUAUCCAAGUAACAGCCCUUAUUCUGCUGCCUUUGGAGUUAGCACUGUCUCUCCCCCUUUUUCCCCUAGGAUACAUGAACAGUCUAGGAUUUGGGAAUCUCACAGUUCUGUCCCUAUAUUGACAUCUGGUGUGCUUUUAGGAACUGGUUAGAUGUAUAGACAUAAUUGAUAGACUUUAUUCCCUCACUUGUCCACUUGCAUUGCCCAUUUAUACCACUCAAAUGGUUACAUGAAAGCUAUCUCGGUUUACCACUGUGCCUACAUUACCCAUGGUAGUACAGUCACUUCACGGUCAGACCUUUCAUGUUUUUCAUUUGGAAUGUUAUCACAUAUUUUAGUUAAAAAUAAUAAUUAUGUGCAUUACUAUUCCACUUCAUUAAUCUCUCCUGAACAUUUUGGGUUUUCUUAGGCUGAAUAUGCAGAACUUGUGGAAUCUUUGCUGUCAAGUCAACAGGAUCCCAUCAUUUACCAACGACUAGCGGAUGCAUUCAACAAGCUAACGGCCAGCAGUACUCCCCCAACUCUUGACCGGAAGCAGAAGAUGUCUUUCCUCAAAAGCCUGGAAGAGUUUAUGGCCAAUGUUGGAGGUCUCCUUUGUGUUAAAUAAGAGGCCAAAUUCCAGACCCUUUCUGCAAAAUGCACUGAGAAAAUAUAAAAUAGCAGACCGCUGUCUAAAAUCCCCCAUUGGUCCCCAGGCCUUGCACAUGCAUCUCUGGGUGGUUUCAGAAGAAACAAAGUUUAUUGGGGGUGGGGGGGGCUGUAAAAAUGAAUUCAGCUACAUGACUGUGCGGCACGAAUUUUGUGCUUUAAUGAAUGGAUGGGUAAAUGUAUUUUUUUAACAAAUUUCCAUAUACCUGCAAGCGGAUAGUAGGAGCCAAUCUAUCGUUUUGCAGUGCCUUUCCCUUGGUCAGAAGCCUAUAUGGUUGAUGAAAGUUUUGAUUCUUAAAACCUUACUAGACUGAAUGUGCAAAAUACCAACAUCUAGAAAGGUUUUGGCACAUGUGAGUUUUUAUAUGUUUGUUUUUUUUGUUGUUUUUUUAACUCCUUUUCCCCUUCGCUUCUGAUUCAACGGUUAUACCAAAUGGCAUUUUAAGGAGGAGGGAAGAAACCGUUGGGAUUAUUUUGUGCACAUGAGGAAAAAAAAAAAAAAGUUUUGCAUGGUUUUUUAUGUUUUUUUUGUUAAUUUUCUACUUUUGAUCCAGCGAGGAAUCAAGAAAGAAGAAAAGAAAAAUUAAUUCUAUAUAUGUAUUUGUUUCUUAGAAUGGAUCCUAGGAAAUGUCACCAUUUCAUUGCCUUAAAAAAAAAAAAAAAAUUCUAUAUGUAUAUAGAAUGUGUAUAUGAUUUUGGUUAAUUUUCCAAAAGCAGGUUUAAAUGUCCAAGUGGUUUGUAAAUCCCCCUGCCUUGACCGGGCAGCCCAAAAUACUUUACUGGGAUCAUCUUGACGCUGAGGAAUCUUGAGAUCAUUGUUAAUGGGAUUUCUGUUUGCACAACCCCAGAUGUGACUCCUUUUUUUUAAUUCUCUGUUGGACUGUUAUUUUCAGCAAUACAAAUUUAAAUAUUUGAGUGCCGGUAAAGUUGGGAAGGGGAGAACGUGGCUGCCAAUUUCUAAAUACACUAUUUUUGAGUUCAGGCACUAGGUGAUGAAACGUAUGCUAAUUGUGCUGUCAAAUGUUUCCUGUGUGCUUAUUUUUUUUUUCUUUUUUAAAUUUGUAUAAAAUGUACAGUAUAAACAUCUGAGAUACCGCUGUGUUUGUAUAGAGAACUUUUUACUUAAAAAAUAAAUAAAAUAAAAUAAAAAAAAGGUUGCUCACAUUGCAGGGAAUAAAAUGCAACCUAACACACGUACCCACUCCAGUAAGAUAACGGAUUCAUGUCUAGGGGAAGACGAAUGGUUACAAUGUUGGUACCUAGACGAAAUUAGAGUUGAACGCUCUAUUAUUCUAUUGAAGGUUCCAGUUAAGCUCUGCACUGCAUUUAUCCCAUAGAGAGCAGUGUGACAAUAUCUGGCAUUCUCUUAAUAAAGCAUGUUACAUGCAAUCAGAUGGUA